AUGGAUCAAAAAGUCAUUGAAAGAGCGCGGUCUGCUCCCGAAUCAAUUGCUGUGAUUGAGGAUGACCAUGUUUUAUCUUAUAAAGAUAUGAUUCUUCAAUCUCAGGGCUUGGCUCAAACACUCGAUCAGAACAAGAUUGGGCGGGAGGAGCCAAUUGGCAUUCUUCUUCCCCCUGGAGUCAAUCUGGUGGUUGCACAGCUCGCCGUGAUAUUUGCUCGAGGAACCUGCGUUCCUGUGGAUCCUGCAAUGCCUAGGACUAGGAUUUCGCGCAUGUUUCACGACAUUGGAGUCAAACGCGUGAUUGUCGCCGCGCAGGGCGUCGAACGAAGUGAUCAGCGGGUGGAGGGCAUGGACUACAUUACUCUCCAAAGCACCCCAGCAUCUGAUGCUCAUUGUAACUUUGACGAUGAGUUAGCAUCUCCUGCUAUUCUGAGCCCGGAGCAUCGCACUCACAUUCUCUUCACGUCGGGCUCUACGGGAAGGCCUAAGCCGGUCCAGAUUAGGGCUCAAAACAUCAUGCACCUGGCCAACAAGACCCCAUUCACCCCAUUGAGUCCAGAUGAUAGAGUGACACAUUUCAAUAACCCGGGGUUUGACCUUAGUCUCUUUGAGAUCUGGGUGACCCUGCUCUCUGGAGCCACUGCCGUUGCCAUUCAAAAGACCACCGUCACUGACCCUCCCCGUCUCAAAAGCUUCUUGGAGCAUCAAGGGGUAACGGUGAUAAUGCUCCCUGUAGCUCUGAUGGAGAUCCUGGUUUUCGGAGAGCCUUCUAUCUUUCAAAGUUUACGACAUGUCAUGAGCGCAGGGGACGUUGCCAGUGUCAAGGCAAUGCGCGCAAUGUGUAAACCGCCGAAAUAUCUGUGGAACACAUACGGCCCGACUGAAUGUACCACACUUGCCACGGCGAUGCUGGUGAGCGAAGAAGAACUGAAACAAGACCGGAUCAGCAUCGGUCGGGCAGUGGGUGAUCUGAAUGUCUACCUCUUUGACCAAAAUUUGCAGCCAAUUCGGGAAAGUGGCAUUGAAGGAGAAAUAUGCAUUGCAGGACCCCAACUCUCAGCAGGGUACUUGAAUAUGCCCGCCAAAACUGAAGAGUGCUUUAUACAUCUGGAUCGCAGUGUCCUGAACGUUCAAGAGUCUCCGGGCAACAUCCAAGGAUCUGUCCGCUUAUACCGAACGGGGGACUAUGCAAAGUGGAGAUCAGACUUGAAAUGCUUGGACUUUUGUGGCCGCCGGGAUAGACAGGUCAAGCACGGUGGCUUCAGAGUUGAGCUUUCCGAGGUAGAGGCUCACUUGCUUUGCCACGAUGGCGUCGAAUCGGCGGCAGUGGUCCAUGUUCCUUCGACCGUCAACAAUGGCGUAUCCUUGCUUGUGGCAUUUGUCAAAACAAAUGGUCAGCAAAACAUCAAGGUGGAGUCCAUUUUGGCAUUUGUCCGUGAGCGAUCGCCAUCGUACAUGGCCCCGGAUUAUGUUGAGCUAGUCAAGGAGCUCCCGUUGACCGUCAACGGCAAGGUAGAUCGACAAGCGCUUCAAGACCGCUAUACGGAAUGGAAGAACAACCAAGAUCACCAAACCCAUUCAGCUCAGUGCCUCCACACAGCCGGAGGUCUGACCACGAAGGAUGUCAUUAAAAAGUUAUGGAAGCAAAUCCUUCCGCAGUCGCACGUUUCCGACCAUGACGACUUUAUUGAGCAAGGCGCCAACUCUUUACAAAACGCGGCCUUGAUCUCUCUGAUUCGGAGAGAUCUGGAUUGUCAUAUCUCUAUGGAGCAGUUCCUGCAAAACACCCGACUACGAGAUCUUGUUUCUCUGGUCGAUAACAUGACCUCGACAGUCUCGCCUGCCCAUGCAACUGAUGAGACUCGAACAUGA